UGCCCCUUUUGUCUAUAGGUGUCGUUUUGAAGCAAGCUGAACUGGAAAUCAUGAUUGAUCGGCGGGGUGAUGUUGCAGAGAUUUUCAAGCUGAAAGAAAAAAAUUGAUAAAGAUAUAGAUGAAGCUACAAACAUCAUUUUAAAUGGGGGCCUGCUACUCCAAGUCAGGCCAUGAUGCUUUGGAAACUCCAAACCAGAAGCACCCGCACCCACGGCACCACAAGAAUGGUGUGGCAGUGAAGAUAGAGUAUUCCUUACCUGCUGGCCAGGCCGAGGACAUUCUCCCAGACAAAUCUAAUGGCGGUGUCACUGAAAACAAAGAGGAGGAAACAGAGGGGAAAAAAGCCCUGGUGAAUUCCGGUGUGGGUGUGGCCCCAUCAGACAGUGGUAUAGAGAGUCUGUCCCCCAGUGAAGGGGAGGAACGCCUGGGGAACCACACCCCUAGUAGUGAGAGUAAAGACUGUGGUGAUACAGACUUCUGUGAGAGAGUGAACCUCACCCAUUGUGCCUGUGAUCCUCCACAGGCCUGGCACAACGUCCACACCAGACAUGGUGAGUGUAGAACUAGUCCGUCCAAACUGGCCAAUAGAAAAUCUGAUAUUGUAAUUCUCAAACCAAGUUUAAAAAAAAAAGGUGAAAAGUCUGAUAAAAAGUAUAGGUUAUCAUGGAAAUCAACAGACAGUUUAGACUGGACAGGAACUUUAUUGACAAGCCUCGACCGCUGUCAAAGUGAGGCCUCGGAGUUCGGUGGGGAUGAUCUGAGUAUCCGUGCCCCCUUAGCAGAGUUUGAUUCCAUUGAUUUCUUGGGGAGCACUGAAUUACUAUCCAAUAAAAAGAGAACAAGCAGUUUUGUUGAUUAUAAUUCCGAAACAUUUCAAUUUCAAUUUGAUUUUUCUGGAUUAGAAUCCAACAGGAAGUACAAAUCUUGUGACUCCGCACCAGUGACUCCACAAAGUGAGGAGCCUCCAACAGUCAUUGGUGCGGAACAUGUCACUGUGGAUCUACCACAUUCCAAGCGGUCCUCCCGCGACCUCAGGUCCCUGAGAGUACAUUUUGAUUCUGAGCCAUCCCUGACAAUGUACCCCAGCCUCCAGGAUGUAAAAACCAUGCAGAUGGAUGGUAAGGAGGUGGUUGUUAUAGAUGCCAACACUUAUGGACAGAUCAUGGAGGAACUUGCCACUCUCAAAUUGGCACUCAGUCAGCUCACUGAUCUCAUGCAGCUGCAAGAAUUAGAACAAGGAGGAACCAUAUCUGAUGACGUUUGUGGCAAACUGGAGUUCCCCAGCAGUCCAUCCUGAUGGGGGAGGAUCCCGGGAGGAACUGGUCAAGGAGUAACGGCCCACAUAUCACAGUGUGUAACAUAACACUGGUUACCUGGUACAGCAUAUAUAAACAUAACACUGGUUACCUGGUACAGUGUAUAUAAACAUAACACUGGUUACCUGGUACAGCAUAUAUAAACAUAACACUGGUUACCUGGUACAG